GUGGGUGAACCAGAAAUCCCAUUCGCCGUCUUGACAAGAUUCGCAUUCAGAGCCAAGACUUUCAUACGCAUAUCUACUUUGUUGAAAAUUAUUCUUACUACAAAGACAAAGACAACGAAUCUUUGGUUUAUCGUUUUGGACCAGAUACAGAGGGUGUCCCGCCUUGUCGAGAGCCGCCGCUCAUAAUAGCCAAGAUCCCGACGCAAUUGCGCUCACGAUACUAUUCCGGGAUGCAAGCGUUAUAAGGCCGCGCAUAUAGACAAGAUCUAAAGAGUACGGUGCGCAGAAUGGCGGAGGAGAUACUACCGGUAUCAAGUCGCUCCGGGGCGGAAGAAGCAUGGCAUGAGAAGAAGUCGCAGCGGAGCGAAGUGGCGCAUGACGAGGAGAGCCAUGCGCCUUGCUCGAGGAAUGAUGGUAUAUGGCAAAGAUGCUUCAAGAGAAAAAGGAGAAGGAAGUCCAGGGACGAAGGAUUGGACGGCGCACAUGAAGAACCAUCGCUGUGGCGGCCGGUCGUCAGAAAGACUCGUCGAGCGUUCGCUCCUGGCGGAACCAUGAGACCGUUUCGAUUGUUACGCCAGGAUUGGCGCAAUCUGGCCCAUCGAUAUGCAUCGGACUGGGGGACGUUCAAUCAACUUAUUUUUGCGAGCGCCGUGUUUGUCUUCUUCACAAAUCUCCUCCCUGGCAUCACUUUUGCCAGUGAUUUGUACGUCUUGACGGGGAAGAAUUGGGGGACGAUAGAAGUCGUUUUGAGUACAGGAUUAUGUGGGAUUAUAUUUUCAAUAUUCUCCAUUCAACCCCUGACCAUCCUCGGUGUUACUGGUCCAUUUUCUAUCCUCGCAGAAAACAUCUAUUCUCUCUGCGAGUCAUCCUUUCAUAUACCCUUUCUCCCAUUCAUGACAUGGUCACUACUGCACGCCGCAUGGAUGCACUUUCUCCUCGCCAUUUUCAACGCGCACAGCUGGACUAUGCACUAUGUCACGACCUUUUCCACCGAAAUAUUCUCCCUGCUCAACAGCAUCAUCUACUUCCACAAGGCCAUCCAAGAACUUCAGCGCGUACACGCCGGGUCUUCAUUUGCCGCAUUUCUCUACUCCAUCAUCGGCACCAUUGGGACUUUUUUCCUUGCCGUCUUUCUCUCAACCGCCGAGCACUGGCGCCCGCUCUUCCACCGAUAUAUUCGGAUGGGUCUCGCCGAAUACGCCGCAGCAAUUAGCAUCAUCUUCUUCAUCGGAAUGCCACAUGUGGGCGAGCUGGCCUCGCUCGAUUUCCAAACAUUGCAAGUCAGCACGUCGUUUCGGCCGACGAGUCCCGAGCGCACACGGUUCUUUGUCGAGUUUUGGCAUCUUCCGCUAAGUUGGAUCUUUACUGCAAUUAUUCCCGGGUUCAUCAUCACAUUGCUCUUCUUCUUCGAUCAUGAAGUCAGCAGCAUCAUCUGCACCAUUGAACGGUACGGUACGAAAAAGCCCGGCGGUUUUGCAUGGGAUAUUGUGCUCCUAGGCAUCACUACUGCCAUGUGUGGCAUUCUUGGGAUCCCGCCUGCGAAUGGACUGCUCCCGCAGGCCCCGCUACAUUCGGAGAGUUUGAUGCAUACUGAAGUGGAACAUGUACGAGUUGUUGCUGAGGACGGAGAGGAAAAGGUUGAAACCCGAGAAGUCCGCAGAGUGCAUGAGCAGCGCUGGAGUGCUUUUCUUCAUGCGGGUGGGAUUAUACUUUUUGUGAGCCCGCCGUUCAUGCAUGUCUUGGGAUUGACUCCCACGAGUGUCCUGGCUGGGUUGUUUCUCUUCAUGGGCGAGCAGAGUCUAUCGGUGAAUCCAAUACUUUACCGCUUCUUCUACAUGCUCACGCCGCCAUCCGAGCUUCCGCCCCUCCCAGAGACCCUCCUCAACCGCAACAACGCCAGUAUCAACACCCCGCACGAUCUUCCAUCCAAUACCCACCUUCCUCCCCUCCCUUCCUCGACUAUUUCUCCCUCUUCCGAGAACCCCGAACAUCCCGAAAACCCUACGUAUCCCGAGUGUCCCGAAAAUCCCGAAUAUCCCACAUACCCUCCACACCCAAACCUGGCGAACCACACCCCUACCAGCCCGCACGACGAACUCGAAUAUACCGCUCGACGACAACCCUCUCACUACUCUUCCUCGCGAUCCGCGCAUCAUCUCUCUCUAUAUUCCACCACUUCCCGCCCCUCCACCGUUUCCUCCAAUCCCAAUCCCGGUCUCGCUUCUACCUCCGUUUCCACUUCCACCUCCACGCCCUCUCCCAACACCAACACGGCGACGACCACCACCGUGAAUACACUCUCCGCCUACCUCCCGAUCCACAUGUACACACUCACGCAGAUCCUCGUCACGGCAGGAAUCUUCAUCGUCACGCUGACAAAGGGGGCGCCUGCGUUUCCCAUCAUCAUCAUCGCGCUCGUGCCUGUCCGGCUGCUCGUCAUGAAGUAUUGCUGGCAUCGCGAGGUGCUGCGGUAUGUUGAUGCGUGGGCGUGUAAAGAUGGCACGCCCGAGGAUGACGAGGACGUGAAGCGCGGCAUGGCCACAGUACCACCAGACGGCGUGAGUCGUGACGGGUGAUUUAUUUUUUAUCUUUCCGUUAUAUAUAUAUAUAUAUUUUCUUUCAUUUCCUUUUUUUGGGUCUUUUUUUUUUUUCUCGUUUCUUUUAUUUCCUUCUUUGUUCCUUUUUUUCCCUUAUUCUCUUACCCUUUUUCUUAUAUAUUUACUUUGAUUUUUUUUGUUUCAGGGAGUGGAUAGGAAAGUGCAUAUUGGAUCUUGUACCAUUUAUAUCGUAUAGUUUGCUUUGGGUUAUUAUAUUAGGGUUUCGGAUUAGGCUUUGGAUUAGAUGGUGGCGAUUCUGGCGAAUUUAUGGUAUAACCUCAUUAGAUUGAUCGGCAUGGCGCUUGGGAUAUGAGCUUAGAUAUAUUAACACAGCAAUGCUUCUCUUUUAUGAAUAAAUAAAUACAUGUCUAUAUCUCAUAUCUCAUAGUAUAGCUUGAAUCAAAAG